AAUAUAUAUUUAAAAAAAUGUAUUCAAACUAAUCAAUAUGACAAGCGGCACCAAAAUAAAUGUUCAACUCAAUUCAAUUGAAAAUAAAUGAGUCAAUCAUUGGAAUUUUGUUUAAAUUAAAAAUUAUUUGAAGAAUCUUGUUGCUGCACAAUCAACAUCUGUUUUCAAUUGACUUUUAUAAUUAAAAAAUUACAUAUAUUUGGAAUUGUUUUGUUAAGUUUAAGUUUUUUAUUUUUUUUAUAAGCAAAACAAUAAAUGCCUCCUUUUAAACCGAUUUCUAUUAUAACUUCUCAAUAUCUGCGUAAAAUGGGUGUACCACAGGCUAUUCCCAUAGGCACGGGUUAUACUCAUUACUGUGAUUGUGGCACUAAACGUCGCAUAUAUCCCGAUAAAGUACGUUUAGGUUUUAUACCUGACAACUGGUUUCAAUUCUUCUAUCCUAAAACGGGUAAAACAGGACCCUAUAUAUUUGGUCUCGGACUACUGAAUUAUCUAUUCUCCAAAGAAAUCUAUGUUUGUGAGCAUGAAUUCUAUACGGGUCUCUCAUUGGGCAUAAUGUGUGUGGUGGCGGUAAAAAAAUUGGGUCCAAAAUUUGCACAAUAUUGUGAUAAAGAAAUUGAAAAAUUCGAAUCAAAUUGGAAGAAACAACAUGAAGCCGAACUUAAAGCUUUGCAAGACCUAAUUGAUUGUGAAGAACUAGAACAGUGGAGAGCAGAAGGUAGCUUAUUGCUAAUGGAGGCCAAAAAGGAAAAUAUUGAAUUACAAUUAGAGGCAGCUUAUAGAGAAGCUAUUAUGCAGGUUUAUAAAGAUGUUAAAAAUCGUUUAGACUACCAAGUGGCUUGUCGUAAUGUUGAGCAGCGUAUAAAUCAUAAACAUAUGGUGUCGUGGCUUGUAAAGGAGGUCGCUAAGGAAUUGCCAGAAAAUGUGGAUAAAAACUUGUUGACGAAACAUAAAGAAGAUUUAAGUGCUUUGGCGUUAAGGGUUAAAUAGAAAUAUCUGGUGUUCGGUUGUAGAUUGUUGAAAUUUCCAUAUUUUCCAAAUGCAUCAUAUCAAUAUAUUCUAUAAAGUAUUUUUUAUAUUAAUAAAAUCUAUAUUUCUAACAUAAGUACGAAUUUGGCUUGUAGGCUU